AUGUUCUUCAUCAAGUACAUCCUUCAAGCCGCUUGUGGCUUUUGUCUUUUGGGCGCCUGGAUAAUAUUGGCUUUGGUCAUGACCGGCUGCAAGUCCGAGACGAGCUCCCAUCUAUCCUUGUUCAAUUUGUCAAGUCGUUCUGCCCAAGUUAAUGUUGGAUUCUUUUCCAUGUGUUUGGUCGGCGGAAAUAAUUCUGUCAGUUGUGACAAAUUUACAAAUGUCAGAAGCAUCCCUUCUUUCUCAAUGGCUGAUUUGCGAUCCAAGUUUCUUCUCCCGCAAGUCCAUCCAUGGAUGGUUGUGUUUUCGUUUUCUGUUUGUGGUGUCUGCUUUCUUUUGGCAGCUAUCGCUGCGAUCCCUUUUAUGGACCGACUCCCUUAUUUGCGACUUAUUCGACUUUAUUUGUCGGUGUUUACUUUUCUAAGUAUUCUGGUCACGUCUCUAUUUGUGCAUGUAUCUGUCACUUCCUUUGUCAUGGCGAUUGAAGAUGCCGAUGUUUACCUUCAUGCUGCCGUAGGAAAGAAACUUGUCAUUUUGAUGUGGGUAUCCAUGGGUCUUCUUGCUCUGGCAACUCUUAUUGAUACCAUUUUCUACGUUAUAUCAACGAAAACAGAGAAUAUCCGCCAAGCCCUAUUUGAGAAAACGUUCAAUUUAUCACGGUCAAGUACGGCUGUAUCUUCUAAUACUUCGUCUAGCAUUAAAAAGUAA